CACAACACAAGACGGAAAGGAACUUCACAAGAAUAAAAAAUGCUCUCUUGUUUCACUGCUUCUUUUUUUUCUGCUUUUUCUAUUUCUCUAUAUGUGUUUGAUAUAUUAACUCAUUUUCUUUUACUGCACAUUACAGCUUGUGGGGUGUCAGCAAAAUCAUUGCUUUCUCACUUUUGUUUGGUAAAGUUAUCAUAUUUUGAAUUACCAUUUGCACAUUCCUUUGAUUAUUACUACUUUCAGCUUUAAAAAAUCUGUGGGAAAAUGAAGAAAAAUGUGGUUGUAGAAAAGUGAGAGAAUGUGAAGAGGAGGAAAAAAGUUGAGUAAAUGAGUGUUGUGAGACAUGGGGUGUGUGUUUGGGAAAGAGGGUUCAGAGAGGAAAAAAGAGGUGGUGAAAGUUGCUAAGGUGGAGGAGGUUGAACUUGAGUGUGAGGUUCAAAAUGGUGUGAAUGAGAAAGAGGGUGGAGCUGGAGAUGAUGAGAAGAGGAGGAGACAAAGAGCAAGGAGGGAGAGGAGGAGGCAAUCUUUGAAGCCUAAUCCAAGGCUGAGCAAUCCACCUAAUCAUAUCCAUGGUGAGCAAGUUGCUGCAGGGUGGCCCUCUUGGCUUUCCAAGGUUGCUGGAGAAGCUAUACAUGGAUUGACGCCUCGAAGGGCGGACAGUUUUCAUAAGCUUGAUAAGAUUGGACAAGGUACAUAUAGCAAUGUUUAUAAAGCUAAGGAUACUUUAACUGGAAAAAUUGUUGCAUUAAAGAAGGUUCGUUUUGACAAUUUAGAGCCAGAGAGUGUGAAAUUCAUGGCCAGAGAAAUUCUGAUUCUGCGACGUUUGGAUCAUCCCAAUGUUGUCAAACUAGAGGGUUUAGUGACUUCUAGGAUGUCAUGUAGUUUGUAUCUUGUCUUUCAAUACAUGGAGCAUGAUUUGGCUGGACUUUCUACAAGCCCCACAAUUAAGUUUACAGUGUCUCAGGUUAAAUGUUACAUGCAUCAGCUAUUUUCUGGACUGGAACACUGUCAUAACCGUAAUGUGCUGCAUCGUGAUAUAAAGGGAUCAAACCUUCUUGUUGACAAUGAAGGAAUUCUUAGGAUUGCUGAUUUUGGAUUAGCUUCCUUCUUUGAUCCUAAUCACAAACAUCCUAUGACUAGUAGGGUGGUUACUUUAUGGUAUCGAUCUCCCGAACUUCUUCUUGGAGCCACUGAAUAUGAUGUAGGAGUGGACCUGUGGAGUGCUGGCUGUAUUCUUGCUGAAUUGUUGGCUGGAAGGCCUAUUAUGCCCGGUCGAACAGAGGUUGAACAGCUACAUAAGAUAUUUAAGCUAUGUGGUUCUCCUUCUGAAGAAUAUUGGAAAAAGGCAAAGCUACCACAUGCUACAAUUUUUAAGCCGCAACAAUCAUAUAAGCGAUGCAUAUCAAAUAAAUUUGAAGAUUUCCCACCAUCAUCAUUGCCACUAAUUGAAACCCUUCUAGCUAUCGAUCCAGAUGAACGACAAACAGCCACUGCUGCAUUGCACAGUGAAUUCUUUAUGACACAGCCUUAUGCUUGUGAACCCUCUAACCUUCCAAAAUAUCCUCCCAGUAAGGAGAUGGAUACAAAACUACGGGAUGAAGAAGCUAGAAGAUUAAGAGCCGCGGGCAAAGGUAAUGCUGUUGGAACUAAGAAAUCACGUUCACGUGAUCGAGGCGGGAGGGGAAUUCCAGUUCCAGAGGUCAAUGCUGAGCUGCAAGCAAAUAUUGAUAAAUGGAGACUGGUAACGCGUGCAAAUGCGAAGAGCAAGAGUGAGAAAUUUCCUCCUCCUCACCAAGAUGGAACUUUAGGCUAUCCUUUGAGUUCAUAUCACAUGGAUCCAGUUUUCGAUCCUCCUGAUGUUCCAUUUAGUUCCAUAGAUUUCUCAUAUACUAAAGCAAGUAUUCAAACCUGGUCCGGCCCAUUGAUGGAACCGAGGAUGAGUGCACCGAGGAGAAAGAAGAACAAGGCAGGCCUCAAGAAGGACAUAAACAGGUAGAAUCUAAAGUGUAAACAAAUGCAGUACAACACCAACAAAAUUACAAAUAGGUAUUCUUGAUGCUGCAAAUGCUGCUUCAAGAAGAUAUUGUACCUUUACUUUCUAGUCACUAAAGCCAUUAUUGGCACAAGAGAGAUAGAAAACAUUGUAUUUCCUGCUCACAUUUCUUUCACAAUGAUCAAAGGUUUAUUAUUCUCUA